AUGUCAUCAAUCUCUACACGAGCUCUCCUGCCGCUGUAUGCGACUCACCGAAAUGGUAUUUUCGUCACUCGGAGAUUACCACAUCUCAUCACAUAUCGAGAAUCUUCAGUCUCUCUCAGAUCCUUCUCGACCCGUAUCCUUCUCGCGAACAAGCAGGCAAGCCCAUCAAACCCGGACUCGAACGAACCAACUAAAUACCCGGCAUUCAGCUUUGAAGCGCUGGGGAUGAGCAAAGGAACGAAAGCAUUUGUCAUUGCAAUCCUGUGUUGUUUUGGGACCAUGGAGACCUGGUUCUGGUGCAAGACUAUUUGGCGUUGGUGGAAGGGAAAGACCGGAGAGGUGGAGCCGAUACAGGCGACGAAGUAA